AUGACAACAAUGUCACAAAAUCAGGCCUGGUAUUCAAUUAUUGGUUAUUUGUAUAUUAAAACGAAUAUUGGAGCAUUUUCACUAUUAAAAUCACGAAAACGGAUGUUUUUUGCAUUGGAUGAAAGCAAAAAUUUGCUUAACUCAUAUAAGGAUGAAAUGGAUUUCCUGAAGAAGAAAAAACCGUUGGAGAAAAUUCCAUUAAAUUAUGCCGUUUGUACAUUGGGAGCAAAUUCGGAAACCGAAUUCGUUAUUCAGUAUAUUUUCAUUAAUUUUUAG